AGCCCCAGACCCAGACCUAGACCAGCUGAGCAGCGCGGGAACGCGUGUGACGUAAACAAACCUGUUAGGACGUGUGCCUGUGUCAGUAUUGUUUUUAUCCAACAAUACACUGCCCUUGGAGCGUAUUGAUAUGAUAUCUGUGUCAUAGUACAUAUAAUAGGGUCACUCCUACGUGUGCAAAGUACGACCCCUGUGUUCUUCGCGCCACCAUGCCGGAAGUUUUACUAAAUGGAGUGCAAGUGAGGUUCCCUUUUGAGCCUUAUGGAGUCCAGACAACAUACAUGACCAAAGUAAUAGAGUGCCUUCAGAAUGGGACAAAUGGCAUUUUGGAAUCCCCUACGGGUACAGGCAAGACACUCUGCCUGUUGUGCUCUUCCUUGGCCUGGCUGGAGACCACCAAAGCCAAGUUUUCUGCCAUGAGACAGGAGUCUUCAAGUGCUCCUGCCUCUCUGAGCAUGCAGCUUGCGGGUGCUGUAGGCCAGUCUUGGCAGGAUGUAAGAAUGGUGCCUCCAAAGAUUAUUUACUCGUCACGCACACACUCUCAGCUAAGUCAGGCCAUCAGUGAAUUGAAACGAACAACUUACAAGUAUAUGAAGGUAUCUGUGGUGGGCUCCAGAGACCAGAUGUGUGUUCAUCCUGAGGUGAGCAAGGAAACUAACAACAACAGCAAAGUAUACAUGUGCCAGAUGAGAGUUAAAGCCAAGACCUGCCAUUAUUACAACCAGGUUGAUAACAAGAAAGAUGACGCUGAGUUACGGAAAGAUAUCCUUGACAUAGAGGAUUUAGUAAAAAUGGGAAAGAAGAGAGCAUUCUGCCCAUACUACAUGAGUAGGGAGCUGAAAAGGGAUAGUGACAUCAUAUUCAUGCCUUACAACUAUCUCCUGGACCCCAAGACACGCAAGGCACAUGGAGUGGAGCUGGAGGGCAACAUUGUCAUUUUUGAUGAAGCUCACAAUGUUGAAAAGAUGUGUGAGGAAGCAGCCUCCCACCAGUUCACCUCUACAGACCUGGCACUCUGCAUUGAUGAAGUGACUCAGGUCAUGAAGAAAAUUCAAGAGAACCAUGAUGCAAGUGAUGCUGCAGCUGCUGUUGCAGAUUCCAGCCAGGAUCUGCCAGACUUCUUGGCUAAUGACCUCUACACAUUGAAGGCUCUUUUCCUUGAAUUAGAAAAGGCAAUUGACAGCAUCCCUCUGCCAGCGGAUGGAUCUGGAGCAUCACAUUCUGGAGAUUACAUGUUUGAGAUUCUAGAAAAGGCUGACAUUACCCCAAACAAGAAGACGGUCAUUGUUGAACUUCUUGAGAAAUUAAUUCAGUAUCUGACGGUCAACAGCUCUUCUCCAUUUCAAAGAAAGGGUGCAGGUCUCCAGAAGUUCUUGGACCUCAUAUACAUAGUGUACAGUAAAGAUUGUUUCUCUCUUGAACAAAUGCAGUCAGUGAAGAGGAGCUACAAGGUCCAUGUGAGCGUUGAGGAACCCAAGAAGAAGGGAGGCCAGCAGGAUGUGUGGCAUGUCCCUAAGCCAGUUUCUUCCAAGAGUGGUCGUGUCAUUUCCUAUUGGUGUUUUCAUCCAGGCUUUGGGAUGCAGUCUCUGGUAGAGCAGGGUGCCAAAUGUGUCAUUCUCACCAGUGGCACCCUCAGCCCACUGGACUCCUUUGCCAGUGAAUUACAGGUGCCAUUUCCAGUGCAGCUUGAAAAUCCACAUAUCAUCAAGAGACAUCAAGUGUGGGCAGGAGUUGUCUGCCAUGGCCCAGAUGGGAUGAAUCUUAAUUCUUCCUUCAAAAAUAGGUCAGACCCUCGGUACAAAAGAUCCUUGGGUCAGACAAUCGUGAACCUUGCGCGAGUCAUCCCAGAUGGACUCCUUGUCUUCUUUCCUUCAUACACAGUUAUGAAAGAUUGUCAGGAAGAUUGGCAGACCUCAGGUGUAUGGAGCAGACUGUCUGAAAUCAAGCCAAUCUUCGUGGAGCCAAAGACGAAAGAUGAGUUCCAGACAGCGAUGCAAGAAUAUUAUGAGAAAAUCAAAGAUCCAGCCUUUAUGGGGGCUUGUUUUAUGGCUGUCUGCCGAGGAAAGGUCUCUGAGGGAUUGGACUUUGCAGAUUGUAAUGGACGAGCAGUGAUAAUUACAGGGCUGCCGUACCCUCCCUUCAAAGACCCCAGAGUUGUCCUAAAGCAGAAGUACCUGGAAGAGGCUCGCACCAGACGAAAACAUGGACUGACUGGCCAGGCAUGGUACAACUUGGAAGCCUCCCGUGCUGUCAACCAGGCUGUGGGAAGAGUCAUCAGACACAAAGAUGACUUUGGGGCCAUUGUUCUUUGUGACAGCCGAUUUGCCUCUACCCAUUUCAAGGGUCAGCUGUCAUCCUGGAUACGCCCACACAUUACAAACUAUAACAAGUUUGGACCAGUUAUAAGGGAGAUCACACAGUUCUUCAAGCAGGCGCAGAUUCUGCUGCCGUGUUCCAAGGGUGAGAAAAAGUGUGCACCAGCCCGCACUAUCAAACAUGAAGAGUCCAACCCAUCAGGAUCCUACCCAGUCACUGCUCAUGGCCUUGAGUCAAUCAGUUCUCGCUCUGUAAACUCACAAAAUACUUCAAAGCACUCCAUGGAGCAUCAGAAUACAGUGGAUUCUCCUUUGGAGACUAUAUCAGACCUCAACUAUCCUCCAUCUAAGGAGAACAAGAAAGAUGUAAGGAAUGCCAAUGAAUCCAUAUUUACAUUACUUGAGCAAGAAGUUAAAGUCAAGCCUCAAGAAAUUACCUUUUCUGCCCCUCCUCCUCCUCUGCCUGAUUAUCUUAGUAUUAAAAUGAAUAGCAAACGGAGAAAGAUUAAACUUGUUCCAAGAAUGGGAAUACCAGGUGAAGGAAGUGAAGGUGUUUCUGAGCAUGUUCUGAGGCCACCAAAUCCUGAAACAAGUGUUUCAUCAGGUUCUGAUAAAGUAGAUAAGCACAGCAAGUUGUGCCAACCAACAGAACUUGAAGGCAACAAAAUGAAAAAGGCCUCAGAAAAGGAGGAGGAGAAGAAAAGAAAACUAAAGGCUACGGGGGCAUACAUUAUGGAGGUGAAAGCUGCAGUUUCUAAGGAAAAAUAUGCAGUGUUCUCAUCAGCUAUAAAAGAAUACAAAAACAGAAGUGAUUUUAAAAAGUUGCUGAAUGUGAUGCCUACUAUUUUCUCAAAUGAUCCAGCUCAACAGGCUCUUAUGAAAAAAUUCCAACAUUUUCUGAAACCGGAAGAUAGAGAAAAGUUUGAAGCUUUUGUGGCAGAUACCUCACAGACGUAAACAAGACUGUGCUGUGCUCUUUGAAUAGGAAAAGAAAUGCACAAAGGGUCUGUGCUGAUACAAAGAGCCUUGCUAUGCCUUUGUGCUAUACAUGAAGCUGGCCAGUGAGGAUCUGCCUUCUGCCCUCCAUGAAGGUGUGGGACUGAGAUGGAUUUUUAUUUAGUACUACUAGGGAACGCGUAUGUGUGCAGGAGUGCGCUUUGUUGUUGAGUGAGUGGGUGGAUGUAUAUGGGUGGCUUCUUUCUCCAGUCUUUCUUUUCUCUAAAUUCUUAUCUGCCACUCUCAUUUUCAUCAAUAUUUCAUAAUGGUUGGAUCCCUUAAACCUACCUCUCAGCUCUUUCAUGCAUCACACUCAUCAUCAGUCAUUCACCUGCAGGUAUGUAAUUAAUCACUUGAUUUGCUCAUCUUAAGUGUAUUCAUCUUCACCAAGUAGACUGCUAUACCAGGGAAUCUUGUGCUGAAAAGAGGUAUUUGCUAGAAAUUAUUUUAUCACUACAUAUUCAUCAGCCACUUGCCAUUCUUACAUACUUUAUCCAUAUCCAACUUUACAUUUGUUUAACUUUUCUUUUCAUUCAAACUUUCACUUUUAUAUGACCCAUUAGAAUUUUUUUCCCACACAUAAGAUAUCCAAGAGAACCAAGGUGUGCACCUUUGUUGUUUAUUACUUUUACUCCGCAUGUUUAGACACACCCAUACUGCACCUUAUCAUUGAAACUUUUUUUGUAUUAUGGUUCCUUCAGUCUGUGAUACUUGAUGUACAUACUUAAUUAAGUUUUACAGUUUGAGAAAGAAAAUUGAAAGUUCUAAGUAAGAACCCAAUAGACUAUUUUAAUUGGUAAAUGUUUUAGGAUAGUUGCCUUACCAGACUUCCACAACAUAUGGUUGACAUGAUCAUGUUAGUUGGAGAAAUGCAUCGAUGGCAGAAGUUUAGGCAAGAAUCUUGUGAUUUGUGUACUGUCAGCUCAAAAUCAGUGGGUGGCCUGUUGUACAGUUACUGUAUAAAAAUGUAUUGCACAUUAAAGGGAUUUCAUUAUGUAAAUUUGAAAAUGUUAAUAAACUAACCCUUUAGUGUGUUAUUUGCAGAAGGCUUCUUGUUUAAUAACUUCAGGUGAAGUUUAUUAAUUUUGUGUUGGACUCAGGUUAGAGCUGUUCCCAGCUUGGAACAGUUUGGCAGCUAUGUGUGCUUCAUUGUUCUCUAAUGUCAUCACUGAAUAUUCUGUGUGUACCAUUAUUAUUUUUUUAUUUAUAUAUUUUUAAUGUAUGCCUUAGCUGAAUGCCUUUGUAUUUGUAUUUUUAAUAAAAUUAAAAUUGUUGAA